AUGGGAAUGUUCGUGGGCACAGGGCUGCGCAACAACGACAUCUUCGUCAUGACGGCAAGAGGAAUUGUCAAAGGAAAUGCAAUCACUCGAAGACCUCCUGAAGAUCAGUUCAAGUACGAGAAUUGGAGUGAACUCCGUGGUGUUCCUUGGAGACUCCAAUCGCGUGAGGCUGGCGAGGUUCGAGUUGACUUGCCACUGGUUGUCGGGCCUUUGAGCCGACCACCAGCUGAAGAAGUGAUUCCACGGAAUCUCUAUGUGACGAAGAGUGACAUCGAGAAGUACGGUCGGACCCCGUUGUGUCCGGGAUCUGAGGCGCAGUUGUUUGAGACAGGGCGUAGGGCCCACAAUGCCGAGUGCAGGUUUAGAAUCGAAGGCGAGCUCAUGAAGUCCGAAGAAGGGAAGAAAAGGAUUGAAGCAGCAAAGGCAAGAAUAGAGUCAGGGCGAGGGGCAGAUGAGCCAGAGGUUGUGGAGGCUGCCAACGUUCCUGCGUUGGUAGGCAUUCCAGAGCCUGACGCCGAAAUGGCCUCGGGAGAAGCUGUUGGAGAACCAUUGGAACGAGUCGCACCCCGCGAGCUUGAGGAACGAGAAGAUGAGCCGAGAAGCCCAAAGAAGCACAAGUCCGGCACCAGUCGGAUAAAGAGAAGUUCAGAAGCAGAUGUUGAGGAGUUGCAUCAACAGAUGCAGGAAGAAGUUCCAGCAGUAGGAACCAAGUCCCCGCGUCAGUUAGGUCAAAGAGACUUCAAGAAGGAUUACACGGCGUGUCUGGCUUUUUUGCCGGAAGGAGUGUGGUCUCGUGUGAUGAAGGCAUCGACGGAUCGUCAGCGUGCCGAAGAGUUGGCACAUUUUUGUUAUACGAUGUUGGGUCUGAGGUAUCCGAAUGAGCCAACGUAUGCAACAUGGACCUCUCUUUUGGCCAGUUUUGAUCCUGAGUGUUCCAGCUUUGAUUUGCGCAGCAAAUAUGAGACAGUGAAAAAUGUCUGGCAGAAUGCAAAGACAAGAUUGGCGCGGACGCAUGUGACACCUGCACUGAUGCUGCCUAAGUUGCCGUUGUCAUUUGAUGAGUUGACGGCAGAUAUGCAGGCAGCAUAUGGGGAGGCCAGGCCACUUGCGCAGUGGCCAGUAUCGACCCAAGAGGUGGAAAGGCAAUUCUUGCGAGUUCCCAUGCGGAGCUUGCAUGCGAGCUUACAGGAAGAGAAGAAGGAUGUAGUCCACAAGCUGGCGGAUGCAAUAAUCAAGAGGAUCGAUGGGGGAGGGCGUCGUCGAUCGGAUGAAACCUCGAACAUGUUGCCUGGUUUGAAUUUUUUUUCCCCAGGUAAAAGGAAUGGCAGCUCUGAUGUGGCUGGGUCUGAGAAGCGCUGUCAGAUGGCAGCGCUGAGCAAUGGGCAGGGCGCGGGCAGUACGAGAGGAGAACCUGCGCGGUUCUUGAGUCUGACAGAUGGGCCUAGGGCGCUGCGGGCGUCUGCUGAGGCUGAAGUAAGCGAACAUGCGCCGGCGACAACGCCGUCGGCGCCGGUAUCGGCGAGCAAAGUUGCGAUUCCAAAUUUGCAGCUCGUGCCUGCCCAAGGUUCAUCUCCCGAUCUCUUGCGCAGAGGCCUCAAUGGGACAGAUGCAACGAAGAGAGCCCGCGUGGAUGCUGGAAUUAUUGCUUCGCCUACGCGGCAGCAGAAUUCUUCCGUGGAUGGGGAGCCGGAGCAGGACGUAGCUGGCAAUGCUUCGGUGCCUGCGCGGCAUGCGACCAGCAAGACAGCUACAGGAUCCUAUGAGGCUUUGGCAGAAGAGUUUUUGGAGGCACGGAAGAUGGAGCAGAAGCCCAAGACUGCUGCGAGCAGUUCUUGGAAGGCGAGCAAGAAGAAGCCGGCUGCGUCUGCCGUGCUGAAGCUGAAGCGACCUGCGGGGUGCCUCAAGAGACCAGCUGCUGCAAAAGGUCUAAAGGAUGCUUCGGUGCCUGCGGAGGUGACUGCUUUCCAAAAUACCACCUUCGACGCUCGGAAGUAUGGCAAGUGCAAAGUUGAGUAUUAUUCUCAGAAGAGCUACAUUCGGAACUUCCAAGAGAAGUGGGUCAUGAUUGUGGGAAGCACGCAUCGAAGGCACAAGUAUGUCUGCAAUAUGCUGGUGCCGCAUGUGAAGAAAGGAGCAUCCCGAGAGGAACUCCUUCGCAUUCGUGAACGCAUCCUUCAGUUUGGAAGCAUGGGACGCCGCUACGAGUUGCCGACGAUCGCCGAAGAGGAGGAGGUAAAGUCCAGCAGCUAUGAGUCGGUGACAGAGGAAGAGGGCGCUCCAGAAGCCAACCCCACGCGGGAGGCUCCAGAAGGCCACCGCAUGCCGGAGGCUGCAGCGGGCGAUCGUCGAGAGCCGCCGGUGACUCCAGCUCGUGCUCCGGCUUCACGCAAGAGGGCUGCGGGCCCGGAGGAGGAGGGCGGCGAACUCCUUCGCCGCCUCCGCGCCCUAGGUCGCAGGAAGGGGUUCAAGCCGCAGAAGCCCAGGUGCCGCUUCUGCUGGAAGGAGGUGACCGCUCAUGAAAGUGGACAGAGCCAGCAUGAGUAUUGGUCCACGUAUUGCCUGUCGUGGCAAUUCAAGAGGGCAGGGUAUCCUCACAACGAGUGCGACCAAUUGGCAGAGGAUCUGAAGCAACGCAGGCUGGAGCGCUUCGAACGAUUGGGGCCGGAUCCAGAUGCCCACGUGGCAUUCCCAGAGCAGCCGGGGGGCACUGCAGCACCAGCGCUGGCUACGCGCCCGGCGCUGCCGGCGUCGUCCUACAAAGACAGCCGUGUGCCGGCGUCUGCGGAAGAGAGAAAGGAGAAGAAAGAGAAGAAGAAGAAGCAGAAGGAGGCGCCCAAGGAGCCGCACACGGACAGCCGCAAAGAGAAGAAAAGAGAGAAGUCGAGCAAGGCUGCUGCGCACGACGCGGCGCCGGAAAAGAAGGCAAAGAAAAAGAAGAAUAAGGGAAACAAGAUCCGUGUGAUCGCGGUGUCGCCGUCUCCUGAGACGAUGCGUCGCCGCAAGCGGGAGCCGCGCAGCUCCAGCGAGUCUGACAGCUCGGACGAGAAUUUGAGAUUGGUCAGCUGUGGCGGCGGUAAGUACCGUCUCAUUCGAGGAGCGCCUGCCCAAGCGGCAGCGGAGGCACCGAGCGUGCCAGAGGGACUGUGUUGCAAGCUGUGCGCUCGCACCCUGCCAGCGUCUUCGCCGGGAAGAAUGCGAAAUAAGACGUGGACUUGCCGCCAUUGUUUGUCACUGGAGUUGCUGCUCUAUCGACAUCUGGGGUCGUCGGAAAAGCAGGGCUGGUCAGUCGACUCUCGCACCGACUUCUAUCGACGUGCCACGGCCGUAGAAGUGGCCGGCUGCAGGUGGUCCACAGUGAAAACAAUGAUUGUGGAGUCUCAAGCCACGCGCUUGGUGAAGGAGCAGGAGAACCGUGUGACCGCGAAGUCUCUUCCCCUCGCGGUCUGGAUCAAGAAAGGUUAUGAUGAAGAAGCGGUGAGGAAGUAUCCAGCGGAGGAGGAUGAAAAUUUGGGCACCCUGUACGCAGUACCUGUGAAGUCGGUAACAAUGAAGGAAGCACGGCAGCUCAUCGAAGAAGAAUUGCAGAGAAAGGAGAAGGAAGUGCUGCAGAAGAAUGCGAAGAAAGUCAAGCGUCAAGACGAUGACGUCGAUGGACGCGAAGAGGAGGAGUGGGAUGUGGUUCCACACAGACCCGCUGCGAGCGGAGGGCAGCCGAAAGGUAAGAAGGCCAAGACUGAUGGCAACACGGCUGCAGCCACUGAGAAAGCCUCGAAGAGUGCGGCUAGAGCGGCCGUGCAAGCCAAUAAGGCAAAUGAGCAGCUGACCAUGCUGGCUUCCAAGGCUACGGGCCUCCUGAGCAGGGUGCUAAAGGCGACGCAGACUUUGCUGCAGCAAGCUGAAAAGGCGAAGCUGGAAGGCAAGCAGGAGGUGGUAGACUUGAAAAAUUCCUGGGAGCGUGGCACGGCUUGGAAUAAGGCUUGCGUGUCCGCCUUGCCAUUGGCCACUGCCGCGCAGGGCACCGGCGCCCGCUUGGAUGCGUUGCCUUUUACCAACAAAGACUUGCAGGACUACGCUAAGGCAACCGCUGUUUUGCAGAAACAGAUCCGUGAAGAUCUGAAGAGCUUGAAGCCGGCCAAGGCUGCUGCGAGCAAGCAGAACGCUGUGCUGAAAAUUUGGAAUAUUGCCAAUCAAUUGAGAAGUGACAGACCCGAUGCCUGUAAGUCGACUUUGAAGGCUGCCGCUCGCGAACGUCUGCGCGACGCGCGGGCCUGCUAUGAAGCGUGGCGGGUGCCAGCCAGUGACGAAACUAUCUGGAUGCCGCGUGCACCGGAAAUGCUGCAAUUUAUGGUGGACGAGUCGCCUGCGUGGCGUGCUGCCGUGUCAGAUGCGUUGGACGUCAACGACGGGGUUUUACGUCCAAUCAUCUAUCAUGAUGACAUCACGUGUGGAAACAUUUUGGCAGUCAUUAAAAAGAAAAAGGUGACUGCGGUGUAUCUCACCGUACGUGAAAUGUUCCCUCAUGUGAGCCUAGAAGCUGCGUGGCUUCCCUUGUUGGUAAUGCAACGGGUCCAACAGGAGGAAGUGCCUGGAGGUUUGUCUGCAGUGAUGGCAGAAUUGGUGCGUCGUCUCAGGCGGGCUGGAAGAGGCUUUGCGUUGGAAAUAGAUGGACGAGUUAGGCACUGUAGCUUCACGGUGCCAUUUCUCUUUGUGAGCGACAUGGAUGCUCAAAGAGCAACUUGGUCGAUCAAAGGCUCCGCAGGUUUGAAACCAUGCAUGUUCUGCGCCAACGUCAUAGCAAAGUACGCCCUGCGCGGGCAGCAUGAGUCAUUUGAAACGAUCGCUUCUGCAGCUUGUGACAGGCUCAAGGCAAUUUCGGAUGCUGACUUUCAAGCAGCGGUUCGUCAUAUCGCAGCACAGCCAACAAAAGCGUCCAGGGAACAAUGGGAAAGAGCAUAUGGCUUGACAUGGGAUCCCCAUAGCCUUUUGGCAGACGCAGAUGCAUUGUCGUGCUUGCCCCCCAGCGGCGCAUGCAACGACGUCUUGCAUGCGUACUUCUCCAACGGUGUGGCGUCUGUAGAACUGUGGCAGCUUGUCAAUACACUGGGUCCGCUAGGAAUUUCUCUGGGCAACCUGCGUGGUUUUGCAUUGCAGAAACAAUGGCUGCGAUAUGGGAAGAAUGUGUCGCCGUCGCAGACGUGCAUCAAACAUAUUUUGUCAGACAAGAUGUUUGAUAAUGAACGAUCCUUCAAAGGAGAUGGCACGGCAACGGAACCUCUCGUCUUCCUGCUUUGGUAUGUACUUUGUGAGCACGUGGAGCCAACUCCUGCUCUGAGUUCUGCAAUGAGAAGUUUUGAGGGUCUCCAUGCGUGCGUGCGUGAGCUGCGCUUCCUCCGCAAAUAUCCCGGAGCUCUCAGCUCAGAAGAACAAGUAGCACGCCUACGUGGCCUUCAAAGUUUGCAUCAACGCGACUUCAACGAAGCCUACGGGGCAGAGAACAGUAUCCCAAAGCAUCAUCACCGAUUUCAUAUUCCUGACGGAGCUUUGAAACUUGGAUUCCUUCCGCACUGUGAAACACAUGAAUCCAAACAUCGCUGCCUCAAAAGUGGUGGAAUCGUCGAUAACCAAAGAGGCAAACUUAACGAGCACGCCAACUUCCAGUAUGAGGUGGUGACACGGAUGUUGAAAAUCACUUGCUCUGAAUCCGUUGAAUUUGGCUUGACACGUUGGGAAUUAUUAACACCGACGAAGCCGGCGUGCCAAGCCAUGCGGGCAGAGUUUCAAGAUGAGACGCUUCUGAGCGGCAAACGUAUGCAAUUAAGGUACCUGAAGGGCAAUAUGCGAAUGGUGCAGAAGUUCACCCCGCAGAAGUUCAGCAAUGUUGUGUCAGUCCAUGCUGACUCGGACUUUGCAGGAGAAAGCGAGUACUAUGCCUUGGUCAAGGCAGUGGCUUCCGGAAUGGCAACCCAGGAGUUUGCCGCGGAGGAAGGCGAUUGGGGCGAUGAUGACGCAGAGGUCGAAGACGUACAGGGUGAGGGGGUUGAAGAGAUUCCGGCUGUGAAGCACAAAGAGAUUCUUCCAGCAACUUCACCGGCGCUUCCGUCUGAGAAGCCUUUGGCCAAGGAUGCGGGGCACACCGAUGUUUCAGCUCGACCCGCCCCUCGGCCCCCGUCCAAAAUCCACAUGGAUCCACACACGCGGUACUUUGUUAUUAAAAGCAGCAGUCACAAAAACAUUGUGCUGUCCAUUGAGCACAGGGUCUGGGCAACUCCACGGAGCAAUCAGGAGAAGUUGAACGAGGCGUUUCGGAGUGCUUCCCAUGUGAUCCUGGUUUUCUCUGUGACUGGCAGUGGUUGUUUUCAAGGCUAUGCCAAAAUGCUUGGUCCAGUGGGAAGUAGUUCAACGGAUGUUUUCCAAGGCUUUGGCCGGGCUUUCGAAGUGCGGUGGCUCCGCUUGGAUGAUUUGGAUUUCGAACAGGUCUCAAACAUCCGCAACCCGUGGAACGAGAACAAAUCUGUGAAGGUGUCCAGAGAUGGCCAGGAGCUGCCGAAUGACGUGGGUCGUCAACUCUGCGACACUAUAGAUGCCAAAGUCUACGAGGGUGAUCCGUCUGGUUACAUCGAUGACAGCCAAGAACUAGAAACCGGUGAUCCUUCACUUCGUGCCACGCCCCGGCCCUUGCAUGCAUUCCAUCCUGCGCAAAGUGCCCCGCCCAUGCAGCCCGUGGCCAUGCAGCCCGUGGCGAUGCCGCCAAUGCAUUGGAUUCCGCAUGCCGUGCACGUGCCACAAGCGAUGCCAGUCGCGGUGCCCGUGCCAGUGGAUCCACGGGCCGCACCAGGCCCUCAGUGGUUUGGGCCGGGGCCUGACACAGAACCUGGCAGCCGGAAGCGACGUCGGUCAAGUCAAACCUCUGCUCCGCCCAACGACUGGCAAGGCAGAGCGCCCACCAUGGUGCCCAGUGCCCCGACGUCAGCGCCAACGCCGCAGACUGCCCCGCAGACGUGGUUGGGUGGUUGUGUAUGCCCCAAGAGCGACAAUGCACAAGUGGUUGAGCAGGACCGGUCUCAAAGCUUUGCAAAGGCUUCUGCUGCUCUCGGUCCUGCUUAUGUCUUCGAAGAUGGUGCGACCUACAGUGGCCAGUGGAAGGGGAAUAUGAGACACGGAGCCUUGACGAGCAUUGUGUGCGGCAAUGUGGGGCAACUUGAGCCAGUCAUGUUGUCCAUGGAAAGAGGCUUGUUUUGA